CACUGGAAAUGCAAAAACGAUAAUGACUAGGGAGAGGCGGCGAGCCAGAGAGAAAUUAAGGAACCCAGCGACUCAUUUUACACACGCUCCCUGGGGCCGGGCUCAGCUCCCUCCAUCUGCCCAAGAGCCAGUUCACCUUCAGUAUUAUUUUGCAUGAGUUUUGAUCAUUGCUGCUGUUCUGGAUCUUGCUGGAAUCGUCAUGGAGUCGCUAGGCGCCGUGACCACUCGGUUUGGCCUUGAUCUUUUCAAAGAGCUGAGCAAAGUACACAAGGGCAACAUCGUCUUUUCCCCCGUGAGCAUCUCCACCGCCAUCGGCAUGCUCCUCCUGGGGGCCCGCGGGGCCACGGCUGCCCAGCUGCGGGAGGUGCUUUUCUCUGAACAAGACACAGAAAGCUCAGGAAUCAAAGCUGAAGAGAAAGAGAUUGAGAAGACAGAAGAGAUACACCACCAAUUCCAAAUGUUUCUGAGUGAAAUAAACAAAGUCACUAAUAAUCAUGAACUGAAAAUAGCCAACAGGUUGUUUGGAGAAAAGACAUACCUUUUCCUUCAAAAAUACUUAGAUUAUGUUGAAAAAUAUUACCAUGCUUCUCUGGAACCUGUUGAUUUUAUAAAUGCGGCAGAUGAAAGUCGAAAGAAGAUUAAUUCCUGGGUUGAAAGCCAAACACAUGAGAAAAUCAAGGACCUGUUUCCAGAUGCUGCUCUGAGCAGCUCCAUCAAGCUGGUGCUGGUCAACGCCGUGUAUUUUAAAGGGCAGUGGGACAGGGAGUUUAAGAAAGAACAUACCAAGGAGGAGGAAUUCUGGCUGGAUAAGGACACGAGUAAACCGGUGCUGAUGAUGACCCAGCGCCACACCUUUAGCUUCGCUUUCCUGGAGGACCUGCAGGCCAAGAUUCUGGGCAUUCCCUAUAAGAACAGUGAACUAAGCCUGUUUGUGCUGCUGCCCAAUGACAUCGACGGCCUGGAGAAGAUCAUAGACGAAGUCAGUCCCGAGGAGCUGGAAGAGUGGACGAGGCCGGGGCAGAUGGCGCGGAGGCCGGUGGACCUGCGCCUGCCGCGGUUCGCCCUGGAAGACAGUUACGACCUGAAGGCGCCGCUGGCCGCCUUGGGGAUGCGGGAGGCCUUCAACGAGCACCAGGCGGACUAUUCGGGAAUGUCCCCCCGCUCAGGGCUGAGUGCCCAGAAGUUCUUGCACAGGUCCUUUGUGGUGGUGACGGAGGAAGGGACUGAGGCCACAGCGGCCACCGGGGCGAGCUAUGGGGUGUCCUCAGGGCCCAGCUAUGAAACUGUCCACUGCGAUCACCCGUUCCUGUUCCUCAUCAGGCACAACACGUCCAACGGCGUCCUCUUCUUCGGCCGAUUUUCCUCUCCUUAGGCCGGCCACUGGCUUGGCAGGAAACCAGCGCGGGAGUGUUAAUACGACUAUGGAAAUAGCCCAUUCUUUAAAAAAAAUGUUGCUUUUCUUGCUUGCAUUCCAAUAUUACCACCAAAUUGAUGACUUAAUGUUUGCACUGGGUGUGUGUGUGUGUGUGUGUGUGUGUUUAUAAUUUUCUUUCAAAGUGAAAUGUCCUUUUGCUUGUGUUACGUGUAAAGUGAGUUAAAUCAAGGCUCAUUGUAAUAUACCGUUGAUUUCUUCUGAAGGUAAAUUAAUGACUUGUAGUUUUAUGCACGAAUGAAAGAAA